AGCCUACAUGGAUUCUUAAAAGUUAAGAAUUUAUUUCCUGUUUUUCUUCUUUUCUUUGAUUUUUGUUUCCUUAUUUGUUUCGUAUCUGUUCCCGUUUAGCUAAACUGGAGAGAGAAAUGCAGGGCACGGUCUUGCAGGUUACCGGGCGGUCAUAUGGUAAUAGCGUGCACAAUAAACCCCAAGGAACAAAAGAAACUUAUUUUUCAUCAGUGCUGUCACGUGUCCGCUUUGUGCACAACAUGUUUGAGACGGAAUAUUCAAGUGGGUGCUCCUAUGUUUUCGAGAUUUAAUAGAAUUUGAUAGUAAAAUUAUUUAUCUUUUUCCUACCCAUGCCCACUCACUCUUUCAUGUUUUCAAUAUUAUUUACUUAACCUAUUGGAGUGUUGAACUGUGAUAUGGAAAAUAUUUAAAAAGCAGAACUCGUCAAAACACAUUUAACCUAAACGAAAAAAAUUAAUACAUUUGUCAUGACAUUAAUUCUUUCAUAACAUAAACAUUUUUUGUUGAAUGUGGAAAUGCUAAUCAAUUAAGUGUUCAAUAUAAAUAAAUAAAUACAUAAAUGUUAUUCUAAAUAAAUAAAAGCAUUUCCAAAUCCGUGUUAAGAAAAAAGUAAUUUGUAAUUCUCACUACUGAUUGUCAAGUUCUACUGCCAUAUUGUUUUUGAGCAAUUGAAAAAAAAAAUUUAAACAAAACAAUUAAAAGUUUUAUUUGUACGUUUUUUAAAGAAACGACUAACGAAUAUUUCUAAAAUUAUAUUAUUUUACCAGUUCCCUAGAUAUCAAUUAUGACCAAAUUGUGUAGAUGCCAAACAGAAACCUAUCCCCAGCAAAUUAUUCAGCCCCUAUUCAAUAUGUUGAAGAGGUCGUAGUCAAACCUGACUUUUUUUUUUUUUUUGUACGUUGAAUUCUGUUUAAAAACUUCCAUUAGAAGAAAGGCCUGUCAGUAGUCGUCUAUAUGUACCCUGUAGAACCGAAUUUGUGUCCAAGGCAUUAAAAUCGCAAAUACGUCUCUACAGGAAUACAUGGGCGACGUAAAAGCCACGAAAGCCAAGUUGGGUUUGUAUUCAUCUCGAUCAGAGGCACGUGACUUUGCAUGAAAGUCGUGUGUGCUUACUAUCAUAAGUAGAUUAGUUUGAAUGAACAGGACUACUAUGAAGACAAACAUCCUUAGCCAAAAUUGCACAUCUCGUGGAAGAGGAAAUAUGAUGUAUAUACCAUCGCUGUAAACGGUUAAUUUAAAGCCUUUAUAGUGUAAUUAAACACAAAAUCUCCUCUCAACCUCUACAUUUUGACUUAAGUUGUGGAAUCAUAAGUUAACUGUAUAAAUAGGCUAGAAUUUUCUAAGGUAGUUUCACUUGGUUAUUUUAAUAACUGUAGCCUAUAUAAAUAAUAGGGAUAACGACAUAUUAGACUAUGUGCCAAUUAUCCAGGAAAUUUGCUUUGCACUGGCAUAUACAGAUUAGAGAUAAGAGAAAAUAUGUUAAUUCUAAUAUAUAUUUUUGCCUUAAAAUAUAUAUAUAUAUUUAUAUACAAUAGCGCAGGAUUGUAUUGUGUUAUUAUUAGCCAUAGUUAUGUAUAUCUGAUCCGUUACUUAAGUUUAAAUGUGAUUGAUAUUUUAUUUAUUUAACUUAAUUGUUAAAUUCUUUAAACAGUGUAAUGUUAAAAUAUUUUAGGUAACAGCACAUGCACAAGUUUACUGAGAAACAUCUCUAGGUGCAGUGGCAUGAUCCGAGAAGAUUUGGCCAUUGUGUAUGAGUGUGUGAGAGAGCGAGAAAGGGGGGAGAGAGAGGGGGAGAGAGAGAGAGAAAGAGAGAGAGAGGGACAGAGAGACUGAAAGACUUCGCGGACAAUGGCGGAAAAUUGAAGGUAUAUUUGCGAAAGCUGUGGUUCCUUAUCCGGGGACUACAUCGCCCCAUGCCAUUGGGCCAUCGAAUCACGUGGUAAAAGUAACUUUACAGGGUUGCUCGCUAGUAGGAGGGCUUUAUGGAGCAGAAAAACGACAAAGCUAGAAAAAUUAUUUUCCACUCCAGAAAUUAAUGAUCAUGAGCUCGUAUUUGAUGGACUCUAACUACAUCGAUCCGAAAUUUCCUCCUUGCGAGGAAUAUUCGCAAAAUAGCUACAUUCCCGAACACAGCCCCGAAUAUUACAGCCGUGCAAGGGACAGUGGCUACCAGCAUCACCACCAGGAGUUAUACCCUCCGCGGGCAAGCUACCAGGAGCGUCAGUAUAACUGUGCAAGCAUCCCUGAGCCUGAUACUCAAAGAGGACAUGGACUGCCUCACGCGGGGCACCUGCUCGGAAAAGGGCAAUCUGCCUCAUGUGAGCCCCCACCGUUACCCCUGUCUCCUGCCACCCCUCCGGCUGCAUCGUCCGCCUGCAAUCAAGCCACCCCGGAGCAUCCCAACAGCUCAGCUUCUGCCAAACAACCCGUAGUGUACCCCUGGAUGAAGAAAAUUCACGUCAGCACCGUGAACUCUAGUUACAAUGGAGCGGAACCCAAGCGGUCUAGAACUGCUUACACUCGCCAGCAAGUCUUAGAAUUGGAGAAGGAAUUCCACUAUAAUCGGUACUUAACACGGCGAAGACGUAUCGAGAUUGCUCAUUCCUUGGUCCUCUCGGAAAGGCAAAUCAAAAUUUGGUUUCAGAACCGCAGGAUGAAGUGGAAAAAAGACCAUAGGCUGCCAAACACCAAAGUCAGAUCCUCUUCCUCCACGGGCAUUUCCUCCGGGUCCAACACAAGCUCAGCGGCUGGGGUUGUGGCGGCAGCUUCCACCACUAACACCAUGUCAGCCUCCGAGGACCUCUCCGGAAGCGAGCGUGGCGAGGAUAUUACAAGGAUAAUCAUUCGAAAUGGCAAAAUAGUUGAAGAAUGCGCAGGAAAACGGAAUCCUCGUUUGGUUGCUUUCGAGCACUUUACAACUCAAACAGCCAGUGCGCGAGGCUAUUGGAUGAGGCCAUCACGUGACUACAUUGUUUACCCUUGUUGGAAAACAAUUAAAGACGGCAGGCCACAUUUGUCCCCUUGUGCUCUGCAGGAGAGCAGUUUUGCGUGGAGACAACAUGCUGAAGAAAAUUCAUCAAAACGUUAUGAAGGCCAUAUGUGGAACUUUCAAAAACUCUCUCAACAUCCCUAUUCAUCCUCCGCUGGUGUCAGCCGCUCCGCGAAUGAAACGACAAAAUCCUUGGACCGGACGAAUGCGACGGAAAGAGACGAGGGGUGCAAGCUGCCAACUUCCUGCUUUUCAACCAAGAAGUACCCUUGGAUGAGAGAGACACAUACACCUAUAAGCUUCAGCUCCAUAAACGUCAUGGAAUCAGGUGAUUCCAGGUACAGCAGUGGUGAAGUAGAGGAUAGCGGCUGUUCUAAUAGUAAACGGGCACGUGCAGCAUUCACCUCGUCCCAGCUGCUCGAGCUGGAAAAGGAGUUUCACUUCAGCGCUUACCUGUGCCGCAACCGGAGACUUGAAAUGGCUGCGCUGUUGAAGCUCACUGACCGCCAGAUUAAAAUCUGGUUCCAAAACCGUCGUAUGAAGUAUAAGAAAGAUCACAAAGAAAAGUCAAUGGCAAAGUCCUCUUACUCUUACCUGGAAACAGGUAACCAGCCCUUUGUGAUUAGUGGCAGCACAGUGGAUCCUCCAGUGCCAUUAAAAUUCCAAUUCCACUAUGAGAGACCAUCCAUGUCUGGUAUGAACUGUGCCCAGAGCCACUGGUGAAACUACAAAAUGUCCAACAACCAGGUUCUCUAGUAAACAAACAACACUAAAGCACGAUUCACAUCAAUGGUGAAAAUGACUGAAUCCUCUUGGUUAUGUGAGAUACAAAUUCUCCACAAAAUAUGAACCUGUUCUGUCACUGACCAGUUAUUUCCAGCAUUAUAGCUAACUCUUUCUGACAUUAUUUAUAUUUAAGGAAAUAGAAGAUUUAUUACCUCUACAUGACGAUUUAUAUGAAAAGUUAAGUUCAAUAGCCAAGUUCGCUCUGAACCAGAUUACAUGUUAUCAGCGAGUACAUGGUAAAUCAGAGCUAGUCUCUACUGUGCAUAAACUGCUGUAGUAAUAUCUUUGAAAAGCACCAAGAUUUAUUGCGCACAGAUCCAGGCUCACUUGUACAAGUUUAUCUCUUGGGCACAGAAAAUACGUUUUAAAAAAGGGCAUUCAAGACUUUGAAUGGCCAUUAACAUCUGCUCAACUUUUGAAAGUGCACAACAUAUUUUUAUUGCUCCCAAAAAGACAUGCUAUUUUUCCCAAGGCAUGUGCUGAAACUCCUAACCUGGAAUGUUGUUGAUUAUAAUGGCCAGAAAUGUUCAAAUAUUCAUCCCAUAUUGAGAGGUGUUGUGUUCUUAUGAAAUGAUGUGUUUUCCUAUUGACUGAGUUUGACUUUACGCAAAGUUUCGGUUUCCUGUUUAUACAGAAAGUACUGCUCCUUUGAAUCUGAAUUCGUGGUGUUUUGACUGGCAAAUGAAAAAAGCAACAAAACAGGAAACCAAACACCGUCACAGUGUUAUGUCAUUGUCAGAAUUCUUGCUUUGAUAAUGUUUUCAUUUUACCAAUAAAGUGUGAAAAUGCCAGAGUUGCAAUGUAAAAUAUGUUCAUAAAUCUAGUUCUUACUACUUUUAGUGUACUUCAGUCAUAUUUGAUUAAAAGCAUGACUGCUUCAACUGAAACUUCUUCAAACUCAUUCAUUCCUUCUGGAUAGUUAAUAAUAAAGGUGAAUAUGGGUUGAAUGUA